CUGCAGUGGUCCUACUGGUCCAAACACCCCAUAUGCUUCCAUUUCUAUCUCAUUGCCUUCCGCACACCUGAUACUGGGCUCCUUCGCCUGAGAAUGGGCUGUCAUCCACGCAGACCCCAACCCUGAGGAGAGAGGAGAAGGUCAUGGGCCCCAGAGAAAUACCCACAAUGGAUGCUCUACGACUGGCAAAUUCAGCCUUUGCAGUUGACCUGUUCAAACAACUGUGUGAAAAUGAGCCAGCAGGCAAUGUCCUCUUCUCUCCAAUCUGUCUCUCCACCUCUCUGUCCCUUGCUCAAGUAGGCGCCAAGGGGGACACAGCAAAUGAAAUUGGACAGACGGACACCAAACCAGUGCAGAUGAUGAGUAUGGAGGCCACGCUCUGUAUGGGCAACGUCGAUGGUAUCAAUUGUAAGAUCAUAGAGCUUCCCUUUCAAAAUAAGCACCUCAGCAUGCUCAUUCUGCUACCCAGUGACGUGGAGGAUGAGUCCACGGGCCUGGAGAAGGUUGAACAACAGCUCAACUCAGAGACACUCUUGCAGUGGACCAAUCCCAGCACCAUGGCCAAUGCCAAAGUCAAACUCUCCAUUCCAAAAUUUAAGGUGGAAAAGCUUGUUGAUCCCAAAGCUAGUCUGGAAAACCUAGGGCUGAAAAAUAUCUUUAAUGAGAAUACAUCUGAUUUCUCUGGAAUGUCAGAGACCAAGGGAGUGGCCCUCUCCAAUGUUAUUCACAGAGUGUGCUUAGAGAUAACGGAAGAUGGUGGGGAUUCCAUAGAGGUGCCAGGAUCGCGAAUCCUGCAACACAAGGAUGAAUUCAAUGCCGACCACCCAUUUAUUUACAUCAUCAGGCACAACAAAACGCGAAACAUCAUUUUCUUUGGCAAGUUCUGUUCUCCUUAAGUGGCAGAGCCCAGGUUAAGUCCCACCUGACUUUUCUGUAAACUCUGCAUCCAAAGAAUCACCUUCUAAAUACAAUAAUUGUUAAUAUUGCUGGAUCAGGAAGUAGCUGGUACUUGACAUGUGUAACCCUCACACUAAUAGGCUCUUCUUUUCCAAUCCUUUCUUUUAUUCUCCCCACCCCUGCCCCCCGCCAUAAACUACAAUGCUUUUAAUGAAAAGGAGUUACAGUAGAUGAAAAAUAUGUAUUCAUUACUUGCCAAAUUAUCUCCCACCUCUGUGACUUUUUGGGAUUUUAGAAAGCUAACAUGUUGCACAUACUAUAUGUUAUGGAAGGAACUCCGUUGAGAGAGUCUGGGGCAGAACCCUGUAAAUCAACACUUUCAUAUUUCUGCCGCAAAACAGAAUAUUCACACAAAUUGGAUAAGGACUCUGAGUAGCCCAUAAUAAAUGUCAGGUUUUACUGCCAAAUGAGUGUGCCACCCGCUUAUGAAGAAGCUUUUGGUUUUCAGACCUUUUUGAAAUUUUGGAAGGUUGGAGAGGGCAUUGCAGACCCGUAGUAGUGGAAGUGCAGCACCUCGAGGGGAGGUUAGAUUUUAUUAAAAAUCCACUUUCACUUUCGACAGAACACGCACGUGGUCACUUGGCUGGUGGUAGGUCACUGAUGGACAGGGAAUGCUGACAGCCUCAACAAGGCUCUGGGUGUCUGAUGAUCAGGGACUUCAAACACGCGGGGAUUUUUAAGGUAGCCGAUAAAAGAGUAUUUUGAGUGUUGAAGGAACUUGGCUCUUUGUCUAGCGUGCUAGUGGGAAAGGGGAAAGGAGCUAAUGCCUUUGGAGAGAACAACAGCAAUUGGAGUGUUCUCACUGCCUUGACACGUAUGUUUCCAGACUUCGGGUUUAGUUAUGGUACAUAGUUAGUAACUUACAUUAAUAGUAAUUUGUGAAGUUGGUCUGUUACGCUAUCUGUGCUGCAGGUACACGGGUUAGCUCACUACCAAAAGAGCACAUUUGCUGACGAUUUCGUGACAUUCCUUCACCCGUCUCUUCUCUGGCAUUCAUUGUAAAUAGGUUCAACUUUCUUCUUGCUCUGAAGGUUCAAUAUUGAAUGUCUUUUAUGUCACCGACAAUAAAA